UUUGCCAGUUUCGCCUUACUUUUCGGUUUAGUGACCACGCUCAGUUUAGCCUUCUUAGAUGGUCCAAUGCCAUCGAUAACUGAGAGGCAUUAUUUUACCUUUGGUCCAGAGUUGUCAUUAUUCUUUGGAACGGCUCUAUUUUCAUUUGAAGGCAUUGCUUUGAUUUUACCCAUUCGCAAUUCGAUGAAGGAUCCAAAGAAAUUUAAUCAACGUUUUGGUGUUUUGAAUAUUUCAAUGCUCAUUAUUACCCUGCUGUUCGUGUUCACCGGCUUUGUCAGCUAUACCAAAUGGGGUGAGGGUGUGGAGGGUAGUAUUACAUUGAAUUUGGAUCCAGAUGAUAAACUUUCCCAAGCUGUGAAAAUUGCUGCGGCCUUGGGUGUCUUCUUUGGCUAUCCCAUCCAAUUCUUUGUCAUGAUGAAAAUUAUCUGGCCUCCACUGAAGCAAAAUAUGGCUGCGGCCCAAAAGCGUCCCAUUACCGUGCAGGUUAUGUUUCGUUUUAUAAUGGUGUUGUUGACAUUUGGCGUUGCUUUAUUGGUCCCACAGCUCCAUUUAUUCAUCUCGUUGAUUGGUGCCCUCUGCUCCACCUCUCUGGCCUUUUUAUUCCCCGUCUUCAUUGAUUUUGUGGUGCGGGCCCAAACCCCCAAAGGUUUGGGUACUUGGGUCUAUUUGAAAAAUAUGGUCAUCAUGAUUAUUGCCCUGCUGGGUAUCAUUACCGGCACCUAUGAAAGUAUUCAUCAAAUUGUCAAGGCAUUCUAUGAAGAUUAG